AUCACUGUGCUGCAUGUAGCGAGAAAAGGACCUCUAAAAGCUAGUAAGCGAUGCACGUGGGUGUGUCGGUGUCUGUUAGAGGUUGUUUACUGUCUUUCUUAUCCUCGGCUCAAGUGGGAAUUAAUAGGCGUGUAUUUAAUAAAACACAACGCCACUUUACGUCGUUUUAUUCCGUUAAUUCUCCUCUGAAUCGUCCCUUUUGUUCUCCACGGUGUCAACAGAGCAGCUGGGCGAUGGAGCAGGCAGCUACUAGCACCAUAGCAACACCGGAGCAGGUAAACAGCCCGGUGUCUGCGGAGAAACAACACACAAACAAAGAGGCCACAGAAACUAGCAAAAGAAAAAGCGACGAGCCGGCUGAAGCUGAGACGAGUGUCCGAGGCAAGAGGCGGAGAGGAGCCGGAGGGAAGAAGCAGCAGCUCCGUCCCGGUGAGAGGUACAUCCCUCCUCCGCAGAGGAAGAACCAGGGAGUCUCCUUCAGCCAGCAGCACUUCGACGAGGCCUCCUACUACUUUGAAGGUGGCCUGCGCAAAGUGUACCCGUACUACUACGACUUCAAGACGUACUGCAAAGGGCGGUGGAUCGGGAAGAGCCUGCUGGAGGUGUUCGAGACUGAGUUCAGGUGUGAGUCCAUCGAGUACUACCAGAGGGCUGCAGGAGAGGGGCGCAUCCGGCUCAACGACACACCUGUGGAGGACCUGUCUGUGGUGCUCAGGAAUAAUGACCUCAUGACGAACACCGUGCAUCGCCACGAGCCGCCUGUAGUCGGCAGACCCCUGGACGUUCUGGUGGAUGAUGGUGAAGUGCUUGUGGUCAACAAGCCCCCCUCCAUGCCGGUCCAUCCCUGCGGCCGCUUCCGCCACAACACGGUGAUUUUCAUCCUGGGAAAAGAGCGGGGCAUCUCUGAGCUCCACACGGUCCACAGACUGGACAGGCUCACCUCUGGAGUGCUGCUGUUUGCCAGGACGCUGGAGACGUCAAAGAAACUGGACCAGUUGGUGAGAGACAGACAGCUUGAAAAGGAGUACGUGUGCAGAGUAGAGGGGGAGUUUCCAGAGGAGGAGCUGAUCUGCGAGGAGCCCAUCCUUGUCGUGUCCUUUAAAGUCGGCCUCUGCCGAGUCGACCCGAAGGGUAAGGAGUGCAGAACCGUCUUCCACAGGAUUAGCUUUAAUGGAAAAACCAGCGUGGUCCGCUGUUUGCCCCUGACCGGCCGCACACACCAGAUCAGAGUCCACCUCCAGUACCUGGGCUUCCCCAUUCUCAAUGAUCCCAUCUAUGGGUCGUCAGCCUGGGGUCCUCACAGGGGGAAGGGGGGAGAGGUGGGGAAGAGUACCGAGGAGCUGCUGCAGGCUCUGGUUGAGGAACAUCGCUCUCAGGAAAGUCUUCACCUGCUGGAUAUCCCGGGUGAUGGGAUAGGGAGUGAACAAGAUGUAGAGAAAAACAAAACGUCUGAGAAAGUGGAUAACUCAGAUGACACCUCUGAACCUAACAAAAGUGGAGAGAGUCAUCAGAUCGACACGCAGGUGCCGACAGGUUGCAGCUCAAGCAAUGAGACAGUGGAUAAGGUGAAUCAGGGCUGCACAGACCCAAACGGUAACAGCAGCUCACUCAAAUCUCAACCCGACAAAUCAAAUGGAAAACAGACCGAAGCAACAACUCCUUCAGAGACUAAAGACCACCUGUGCAGUGAGUGUAAGCUAGUACGACCAGAUCCCACAGAGAAGGAGCUCAUCAUGUAUCUCCACGCUUUACGCUACAAAGGACCCGACUUUGAAUAUUCUACACCUUUACCCGAUUGGGCCAAAGAGGACUGGGUCGAGACUGAUUGGAGCUGACCGCUGAUGGCGUUUAGGUUACUGCCAUCAUGCAUGUUUUUUAUUUUUUUCAGACAUUAAAAAAGUAUGAUCAGAAAUCCUUUAAGAGGUUUUGCUCUGAGGCAGUUUUGAUUUUUCUGUGAGGCAAAUGCUAAAUUGUCUUAGCAUAUGCUGAAUGUAGAAAUAUGUUUUCUGUUGGCUCCAAGCUGUAAAAUAGAAAUAUAAAAUGGCAUUGUAUUCUUUCUUGUUUUACUUUCUUUUAAAGGUACAGUGUGUAGGAUUUGGCGACAUCUAGUGGUGUGGUUGCAGACUGCAAGAUACAUCCGUGUAGAGGACCAGCACCCUAUGUAGAUAUGAAGGGCUCAUUCUACUGUAAGCUAACAAAAACACAAUGAUUCUUAGUUUCAAGUGAUUAAACACUAAUGAAAACGUUACGUUACAUUACGUUAUGAAUAUUAUAUUCCAUUUCUGCCAAUGGAUCCCCCUAAAUCCUACACAUUGGACCUUUUUAAUAUCAAGAAACUGAUUUUUAAUGAUUUUAUUUCAUCCUUUAAGCCUGUAAUCUGCCCAGUAACCCAACCAAGAUUUGAAAUAAAUUAAAAGCCAGUCUGCAGGAAAAAUAAA